AUGUUCGCAAAGUUCCAGAAACCCAAAAUCUUCAAGCUGCGGGCUCUGCACUGCCAGAAGAAGUUCGGGGUGGCUGGCAGGAGCUGCAAGGAAGUGCUGCAGAAAGGAUGCCGCCAGUUCCAGCUCCCUGAGUCUGACUGCCGCCUGUGUUUGUAUGAGGAUGGCACCGAGUUGACUGGAGACUACUUCCCAAGCAUCCCGGACAACUCUGAGCUGGUGCUGCUUACCGCAGGCCAGACCUGGCAAGGCUAUGCCAGUGACAUCGGUCGAUUCCUCAGUGUGUUUCACAAGCCACACGAAGGCAUCAUCCAGACGGCCCGGCAGUUACUCUCCGACGAGAAGUCUCCACUGAGGCAGAAGCUGCUGGCGGACCUCCUCCACAACCUCAGCGAGAACAUCACAGCCGAGACCAGGGUUGAGGACCAGCCAUGGUUUGAGGGUUUGGAGUCCCGAUUUAGGAACAAGUCAAGCUAUUUGAGAUACAGCUGCGAGAGCCGGAUCCGGAGUUACCUGAGAGAGGUGGUGGCGUAUGCCUCUGUGGUGAGUGCUGAGGCCCAGGAGGAGUACUCUCGGAUCCUCGGCCACAUGGGCCAGAAGCUGAAGUCCGUGCAGUACCAUGGCAGCUACUUUGACAGAGGGGCCCAGGCAGACAGCCGCCUCUGCACACCGGAAGGCUGGUUUACCUGCCAGGGCCCUUUUGAUAUGGACGACUGCUUGUCCAAACACUCCAUCAACCCCUACAGCAACAGAGAGAGCAGGAUCGUCUUCAGUACCUGGAACCUGGAUCACAUAAUAGAAAAGAAACGCACUGUUGUUCCAGCACUGGCUGAGGCAAUUAAAGAACAGAACGGAAGAGAAGUAGACUGGGAGUACUUUUACGACCUGCUGUUUACCUCAGAGAAUCUAAAAUUGGUACACAUCGCCUGUCAUAAGAAAACCAUCCACAAUCUCAGCUGUGACCCCAACAGGAUCUACAGACCCAAGGCUAGGUUGAAGAAGAAGCGGCCUGUUCAGAAACGUCGGUGA